AUGAUGAUGACUAUGGAUCAACCAUCAGGUUAUGAAAAUGCUUUUAUGAAUUAUCAUAAUCAAAAUAAUUCCUUUAAUCAAUCAAUAUUAUCGUUCGCUGAUCCCGACGUUGAUUGGAGCGUACUUGAAAAUGCUGAUCGUUAUUUAUUACGCGAUGAUAGUGCAUGGAUAACUCGUUUAAGUAAAGACUUUUGGUGGAAUCUCGAACGCAUAUCUGAAAUGGCAAUGACAGACGUUAGCCCGACGCAACAAAUGAAUACAACAAAACAAAAACCUCAACAAAAUCUGUCAUCAUCUAUACAAUCAAAUGGUAUUUCAACACGUAAAAUUGUUGGCCAACGUACAACAAUUGCCCGGCCAAAUCGAAACAACAUUCCAAUGACACAAAAUUCUUCAUCAAUAUAUGAUCAAGAUAUUGACUAUAAUCCAUUUCAAUCAAAAGUAUCAUUUGAUAAUAAUAUAUGGGCAAAUUAUACGCAGCAGGCAAUCCCAUGGUAA